AUGAGUGGUGGUGGAGGUGCAGCAAGACGAAAGGCGACGGUGUCGGACGCGGAUCGUGUGUUUUCGAGGAGUUCGGCGAGUUUUAUGCGGGAUUCACCUGCACCUUCAUCGGCUCAAACGACGCCGUCGCAUGCCGCGACUCCGAACUCGACGUAUAAUGGGUCUACCGGCAAGCCUGGGAACGGGGAUGCGUCGUCUGCGGCGAAUAGUGUGAAGGGGGGACAGGCGUCGAAGAAUAAGAAGAAGUCUGCGGCGAGUAACAAGGACAAGGGGGAUGAUGAUGGGACAGAUGGGGAUAGGCCGCCUACGAAGAGGUUGAAGAUUACUUAUGGGAGGGAUUGA